GUUGAGAAGAAAUGGCAGGACACAAGGUUGCACAUGCCACACUGAAAGGCCCGAGUGUUGUCAAGGAAUUAGUUAUUGGUUUGGCACUUGGUUUAGCUGCUGGUGGUCUCUGGAAGAUGCACCAUUGGAAUGAGCAGAGGAAAACCAGAUCUUUCUAUGAUUUGCUUGAGAGAGGUGAGAUCAGUGUUGUCGCUGCUGAAGAGUGAAUGGGACUGACUCUACUCGCUCUUACUCAAUUGUUGUUGGCUCGAUUUUUCUGUUGUUUUUUCUUUUUAUGGUUUCACUUGAGAUAUCUCAGAUGAGUGACCUGAGAAUAUGGUUGCUUUAAGGAAAUAAACAAAUCUGUGAUAGGAUUGGAGAUUUGUUAACAUGCCGUAUUGUUUUUCAGACCUUUUUCUUGACUUUUCCUUCAUUCGGAUGAGUAUUUUUCCAACUUUUUAUGUUU